AUGCAAAAUAAUGAAAAUAUAGAUGAAUGGAUUAACUGGAUUGAAGAAGCUAUCAGUAAAAAACAUAUUAAAUAUUAUGAAUUUGAAGAUUUUAAAAAUAUUCAAGAAAUUGGCUAUGGAGCAUUUGGAAAGGUUUUUCGUGCAAAUUGGAAAAAUUUUGAUCAUUAUUUAGCGUUAAAGUCUUUUUAUAAUCUUAAUAAUAUUACUUUGAAAGAAAUUGUUUAUGAGCUUAAAAUUCAACGAGAUGUAGAUUUUCAUGAUAAUAUUAUUCGCUUUUACGGAAUUACAAAAUCUGAUUCCGGUAUUGAAAAUAUAAUUAAUCCAACAAAAAAUUAUUUGUUGGUAAUAGAAUAUGCUGACGGUGGGACACUUCGUGACUAUUUGAAGAAUAACUUCAAUAAACUUACUUGGGAUAAUAAAUACAGUUUGGCAUACCAAUUAGCUUGUUCUGUACUAUGUCUACAUGAUGAAGGAAUUAUUCAUCGAGACUUGCAUUCCUGUAAUGUGCUGGUUCAUCAGAAUUCCAUCAAGUUGGCAGACUUUGGAUUAUCAAAAAGGAUUAAAGAAACAUCUAAUUCACAAACAAAAGUACUUGGUAUGGUUCCAUAUAUUGAUCCAAAAGUAUUAAUGGAUAAUUUAAAAUUAAAUGAAAAGAGCGAUGUAUAUAGUAUUGGCGUACUAUUAUGGGAAAUAUCAAGCGGGUACCCACCAUUUCACGAACAAAAUUACGAUCUUAGUUUAAUGUAUAAAAUUUCACAAGGUCGAAGAGAAGAAAUUAUUUCUGAUACUCCUAGCGGUUAUUCUGAUCUUUAUACUGAAUGUUGGAAUGAUGAACCAAAUAAACGACCAUCUAUACAUGAAGUUGUUAAUAGAUUAAGAAUAUUUUCAAAAUUAAUGGCAAAUGAAAAUUUAAUUCCAAAUAGUACAAAAAAUGAUGGUGUUUUCGAAAACCAUCAAAAAGCUUUUGAAUUAUUUACUGAAGGAGAGUAUUCAGACGGAAUAGCGAUAUUAGGAUAUUGUUAA